CCGCUGGCGCGGGACCUGCUGACAGCGGCGUUGCGCGGGCCGCUGUUGCCGGCGCAGCAGCAGCUGCUGCUUGCGGAGCUGGACGCCGACCCACGGGUCACUUUGCGGCUGGGGCUGACGCCGCGGCACCUGCCGGCGCUGGUGGAGAACGCGCCGGUUGUGGCGACGGAGGCUCUGCUGCGACUGUUGCGGUGGCCGGAGCGUGCGAGUCAGUUCCUUGCGGUGUUGGCGCGUUCCGAAAUGAGCCUGCAUUCACUCGAGGUGGUCAACCGGCUGACCGCCAGCGGCGCCGUACCAACGGAAUUCGUACACCUAUACAUCACCAACUGCAUUACGUCAUGCGAGAGCACGCAGGAUAAGUACGUGCAGAACCGGCUGGUGCGGUUAGUGUGCGUCUUCCUGCAGUCGCUCAUCCGCAACAAGGUGAUCAACAUCCACGACCUGCUCCACGAGGUGCAGGCCUUCUGCAUCAACUUUUCCCGAAUCAAGGAGGCGGCCAAGCUUUUCCGGCUGCUCAAACAGGUGGGACCCUGGCCAACCGGAGUGGUGCACCAUUGCGGCAGCUGCAGCAGCUGUUGCUGCGGAAUUGGGGACGGGGGUAAUAAUUAG